UUUUAUUCAGUCUGUUGCGAACCUCCACCGUAGACUGUUCUUUAUAUAUUUGAUCCUGCAAAUACUAUUAUUAUUUUUUUUUAAAUUAUCCUCGAAGUAAAUAAAAGAAAUAUAAUGUCCGUAAUUAUUUGAAUUACAAAGUAAAAUUUAGUUUUUUUUUUUAAUGAUAUUUUUGAAUUUAUGAAUUUUUAUUUUUAAAUUAAAUCAAAAAAUUUUGCUGAUAAAUUUUGAAUUUAAAUGAAAUAUUAUUAAUAGUGAUGAUGGGACUUUGUUGGGAGUUUUUCUCUAUUAUUACGACAAUUAAAAUAAAUUAAUUAAAAAUAAUUGAAUUUAAAAAUUACUUAAUAAAAAAUCGUCAUGUGGAAGUAUUGGAUUUUAUUAUUAUGCUCAACAAGUUUAUCAUGGAGUAACUCUGUAGCGGGGCCACAGAGUGUAAGUGUAAAUUUAUCUGAAAACAAUCACGUGGAUAAUGAAGAUAAAAAAGAAAUUCGAGUGAUACGACGUUUUGCUUGUCCCGUUGGAUUCUUCCGGUUAAAGAGGAAUUGUUACUAUUUAAGUGCUGGUAUGGCGCCGUGGAGAGAAGCGCAUUUUCAUUGUAAGGACAGAAAUUCCACACUGGCUAUUCUUGAUAAAAAAGCGAAAAAUCGCAGACUGAGAAAGUAUUUAAUGGGCGAUCAAUUUACAAGACUCGAAAGAUGGAUUGGCGGUAUUUAUAAUUGGCAGCAAAUGUCAUGGGAGUGGGGCGUAUCGGGUGAAAAAAUAGUAUUUCAAAAUUUUGAUAAUUCAAGUCACAGCAAAUCAAAUGAAGAAUACGCUUGGCACUGUGUGGUCUUAGAUCCAUUAGUUAAAUAUAAAUGGAGCCCUAGAAGUUGUGUUGAAAAAAAACACUACAUAUGUCAAGUACGCGCUGGACGAAUAGGACGUAGAAAAAAGAAAAUUGCAGACCCUAAUGUUGAGCUUCAGAACCAAAGAGAGAAACCGAAAAAGAGAGGAAAAAAAUAUAACAGAGAAAAGAAUAGUGAAGAACGUCGACGUAAUAAAAACCAAAGAGAGUCGAAACGUAAUUGGGCAGUACAAAAUUAUGAUAAUAAUGAUUUUAAAGAUAAUAAUAACAGAAAUAACAAUCAAGAUAAUGAAGAGUGGGCACACGGAGUUAAUAUUGGCUCAAGACCUCCUACAUCGAGAUCAGGAAAACCGAAACCAAUCAACAGAACUCGUCAUCAAUCAAACAAAAUUCGCCAACAUGAUGGUACACCCAAGAUAACUCAAAUUAUACCACAAGGUUACGAGCAUGGUGCAUUCCUGGGAGAUGGACCAUUUGAUAUGAACCCUCAAUCUUUGUCAGACGACAAAACUCUAUCGCAGUAUCACAACAAAAUAAAUGAUCUAUCACUAGAAGAAGUCUUGUUUAAAACAUAAAUCUUUAUAAAAAUUAUUAGGUAUUUUUUAAAUAAAUGUCUAUGAAAAAUAAUAAAAAUAAUAUAUCGCUUAAAUAUUUAUCUAUAUUAUAAAAAAUAUGUGCUUGCGAAUCUAUCAAAGAUAUAUAUUAUAAAAUGCUCUCUCCAACUCAUAGUUAAUCAGUGUAAGAACAUAAAUAAUUUAAAAGUUGUCGUUUGAAUGUUUAUUUUUUUAUAAACUAAAUGAUCUAAAGCUUAUAUUUUUUUGUUUAUUUAUUAAUUACUGAAAAUGAAUAAUUAAUAGGAUAAUAAUAAUUUAAUUAUUUAUAAUUUGAUGCUUCA